UCAUGUUAUUGGACCAAAGACUGCUCUGUUUCUCUGGGAUUGGACCAUUGCCUUGUCCAUCGGUUUGAUUGUUAGCAUUGUAGCUGGAAACUUAAUGUUAAAGACAAACUCAUAUUAUUGCAACGUUUUAUAGAAGGAGCAAGCUCUAAAUGGCAGAUUAAUAAUGGAAAGGACAGCGAAUUGUAUUUCUACUUCUACAGACGAUGAGGACGACGUAGUUGAUGAUGAAAUAUGGUGUUUACAACGAAUCGGGAAAGAAACAGAUUGGCUCCGUUUAUUCGAAAAUGCAGAGGUUACAAUCGGACGCGGCAUGGAUGUUACACAUCGGUUAUUAUCCGUGACCUGCCCUCUCAUGAUAUCUAGGAAGCACUGUAUUUUCAAACAAACCGCCAGUGGUCAAUGGACAGUAUCUGACAAUAUGAGUGUGAAUGGUGUGUGGGUGAACAAGGAGCGAAUACCUGUUGGGGUACCUCAUGUUUUGGAGGAGGGGAACACCAUUUGGAUCGGGGUGCCCUUGAAUGAAGCCCCAGUGGAGUAUGAAUACACGCUGGUUCGCCGACGCCUGCACGAGGUGGAAGGCUCCCUGGCCAAGCCGCUCUGCCCCGGCAUGUACUCUUACAAGUUUAUCAAGCACAAGAUGGCCAAACGGAAACGUCCAGUGGAUGAGGCCGAGGUGCGUACCUCGCCCAGCUCCAAAUCGAAGUUGCAACGCUGCUGCACUCCAGACCACUCCCCUACCCCGCGCUCCCCUUUAAAGCCCCCAUGCCCUGAGAGGACUCCCUGCCCCACUGGGGCUUCUCCGGAGGCUGGGCCCAGCGAGGUUGCCCCCGCUCAGGGCAAGACGCCUACAGGGGGCGGCCUGAAUGCUCCAGAGGUGGGCGGCCAUGGGCUGGAGAGCGUGCGGCACUACGGCCAGAACAUGCAGGCGCUGAAGGAGCAGGUGGAGGACACGCAGAAGCAGGUUGACGUGCUGGAGGGCCAGCUGCAGCAGGACGCCCAGAGGGAGCAGGAGGUGAGCGGCCUGCGGGCCCAGCUGGAGAUGCUGCAAGGCCAGCUGCGCAGUCAGCAGAAGCAGGCCCUCAGCCGGAUGAAGAGCCUGGAGAAGACCUACUGUGAUGAAGAGAGGAGACUGGAGAUGGAGAAAGCUCAACAGAAGGAAGAGGGAUUGAGGAAGCAACUGGAGCAGGCUUUACAAGAACACAGACAAGUGAUUGCAGAACUGAAAAACUCUUGCCAAGGUUUCGAAGAGAUUCUCCAGGCCAAAGACAAAGAGCUAGAGGAAGAGAAGGAGAAGGCCAAGGCUCAGAAGGAGGAGGUGGUGACGCAGAUGACCGAGGUGCUCGAGAGCGAACUGCAGUGCAUCAUCUGCUCCGAGCUCUUCAUUGAGGCGGUGACCCUGAACUGCGCCCACAGUUUCUGCCUGCACUGCAUCCGGGCGUGGCGGCAGCGCAAGGACGAGUGUCCCAUCUGCCGGCAGGCCAUUAGCUCCGAGGCGCGGUCCCUCGUGCUGGACAACUGCAUUGACCGCAUGGUGGAGCAGCUGAGCGCCGACAUGAAGCAGCGACGCCUUGACCUCAUCGCCCAGAGGAAAGGUCAGACUCCAGCAACUCCUCCUCGGCGGUCAAAGAAACGCGACAGCCACGGCCUCAGCAGCGACGAUCCCGACAGCGGCGACGAUAGCAGCAUCAGCAGCAUCAACAGCGGCUCCCUCAACAGCGGCUCCAUCUACCCCUUCUUCGGUGCAGAGGACAGCUGGGACAGCAGCUUGUCCUCUUCAUCGCCCUCCUCGGGCCUGAGCCAGGACAGUUCCUCCUUCUCCUCAGACGAGGAGGAGGAAGACCACAGGGAUUCCUUUUAACCCUUAACUUCCACCACUGUGGACUUGACUUUACCUCAUGUUUUUUUUUGUUUUAUGUUUUUUUCUGUCUCAACAAUUUGUGUCUGUGAGGACAAAUGCUAACUGAAGCUGAAGACAAGCCUCAUUGGGGAAGAAAAUGCACGCAUUCACAUAUCUACCACCAAUUUGAAGUCUGUCUGUGUUAGUUUGGCAAAGAUUUUAUCUGGGUGUAUGUGUUCACUUCAAAUUUGGUUUUGUGUUGGCCCAAUAAAGCUACUUGUUAUUUAUGCAGCUA